GGGAGACGCGCAUACUCGCGCGCGCGCGCGCACAGGUGCUGGGGGCUGCCUGCUCGACUGCUGGCCGGCUCCCUCCCUCCCCUCCUCGAUCUGGAGCGCCGCCGGGCAGCUGAGGGGUGGGCUGGCGGUGGAGGAGAGGGAGGCGCCCCAGAAGCGGCGGCGGCGGCGGCGGCGGCAGCGCCACUUUCCCACGUGAAGGACCGGGCUGGGCCGAGGCGUCUCCGCCGGCCAGCCUGCCCACCCCUACCUUCGCCGCCUCCCCCCGGCCAGAGCUCCGGAGCAGACCCGCCAGGAGCCUCUCUUUUUCUGCCCGUCCCCUCGGCGUGGCCGUGCUGAGGGAGCGGCGUCUUCUUCUUCCCCCUCCCGGUCGGGGCGCCCCGUUUGCUUCCCUCCGGCGCGCCUUCCUCCUCUCUCCAGCCACCCACGCUUGCCCAGACGAGGGUCCCAAGCAGAGUCGCCCCCUCCCCCGCUUCCCUCCCUGCCGCCGGGGUCGCGGCUGCCUCCGCUCCCCCGCCUCAGCGCUCGUCUCCACCCCCGCCGGGGCUGCCUUGGGCGGGGAGGGGCUUGCGGAACCCCCUUCUCUCCCCCCCACCCCAUGCCUUUGGUCGCUGCCCGCCCGCCCGCCCGCCUGCCUGCCGGCUGGGGUUGAAUGCUCAGAGGAGGAGGAGGCGGGAAGCCUGCCCAGCCUUUCCGUCCAGGGGAUGCCGGCGGUGGCCGAGAGGAUGACUUGAUGCUGGGCUUUGCCAUGGAUGGGAUGACAUGCUUCACGGUUGCCUUGGUCACGCUGGUGCUCUGCUGCCCGGGGCCGCCUUGGUGCGUCGCCCGCCGCCUGGUGCUUUGGACGGGGCUGCCUGUCCUCCUGCCUGCGCUGCUGGCCUUGCCGGCCUCUCUGGCUGCCCCAGUAGCAGAUGAAUUACCUUUGGAGCGACAGAACAUUUCCUCCCUUUUGCCAAGUCAAAGCACUGUGGGCACAGCCUUAACAACAAGCACAAUGGUGGAUACCUACAAGAGCCAAAUGGAGUGGUAGUUUCCUGAGGUGGACUGGUCACACACACUUUGUAACAUCUCCUCUCCUGAGGUGGAGGCCUCCCAUUGGACCAUGAAGAAACAAAGAGAGUCUCCGCUGGACAAACUGUACCAGUGUUGGAUAUUUCACUAACAAGCAAUGAGGCAGUCUUAAGUGAGGAUAGAUUUAUUAGCUUGUUUCCAAAUGCACAAUGGACUCCUUCAUUGAAGUCUUUUACAGAGGGCUAUCAUUCAGGUCCCUAUCCAGCAAAGCCAACAAAAGAAAAUUUGCAAGCUGUGUUGUUAGCGCCUUCAUUACCUGCCCUCUCCUUGUCACCAGAUUACACAGAAAUGCUGCACGCAACUUUCCAAAGGACUGCUUCUAUCCACCAUAUUCCUCCUCCACAUUUGAACCCCUUUGACACAUCAGGUGUUACUUUGACUCCAAGCAGAGACUUGCUUAUGUCCACAACUAAUAUAGAUAUUUUUUCCUUGCGUUCCGUGGCAAGUAAGGUAAUAGAUGGAACAGCCGGAAAAGCAGAGGACAGUUCGCUCUUUUACACCAGUUCCACAACACACUUGCUUUUUGAUACUACUGCAGCAGAGUUGCCUCAGUUUAUGAGACAGCUAGAUGAGCAUGCCCAAAGCAUGCCAGACAUUUUGGCAAGAAGUACUAACAUAUACACUGAAGCCUACUAUAGUAUGAGCAGUAGUAUAACAGAAGCACUUAGUCAAAGGAGCUCAUCUGUUGUGAACUUUUCAAGAGAUAUUCCUGUUUGGACCAGUGAUGUGGAAGCUGCUGUGUUCUCAACUCAUCUUCCAUUUGUUUUUCAGCCCACUCUCUCAGCUAGCAUUUUGGCUGAUAGUCCUUUUAAUGAGAAAUUGUUUACACGUGAGCUUUCCCAUGUAUCUUCUAGCAGUACAGAAAAAGUUUCGCCAGACCAUUCAGAAAGACAAACUCAAGUUGAGUUCUUCAGUGUCUUCACAAGCCCAGUGCCUUUCACUAGACCAUAUACUUCAUGUUCAUACUGUGACUUCAUUUCAGUUUCUUCAGAGCCAGUUUUUUCACUGGAACCAUCGGAAAGCGAUGUGGGUUCAGGCGACUAUGCUGAGACAUUAUCAUUCCUCUCCUCUGAAGCAAGAGGCUUUACCCCACUUACAUCAGCAGCCAGUGAUCUGUAUGAGGUGCCGGAGCUUCCUCCAGAAGUCUUCGAUACUAGCUUUCCCUCAAGGCCUGUUGUUUCAUUCUCUUCAAAGUUUACAGAAGGCUCUACAUCAAGAAUUGUGGACGCUAGCCUUAAAAACAUAUUUACAUCAUUUCCUGUUUCCUAUGGUCAGUCUUCUGAGGUAAUACCAUUAGAAAGUACUUUUAUCAUUUUAUCCUAUCCUGUGACUGAAAUGAUUAUGUCAACACCUCGUGUCUCUGAAGAACUACCCUUUCAUGCCACUUCAGUUACUUUUGAGUCUACCUUCACUGAAGAUGUAGGUACUCCAUCCAUGACAAUCAAAAAUUCAAACCUACAGGAAACACCUCGGUUUAUGCCAUCAGAACCCUCACAUUUCUUUGAUACUUCUCUUAUGGGUUUCCCAACAGAAGAAUCUCCAGUCAUUACAUUAGAUAUUUUGUCCAGUUUUUCAUUAUUGCCUUUUUCUUCUGAGCCAGAUGGCUUGUCAUAUUUGUCAUCAUCUGAAGCCACAUCUUUCUUAAUAAUGCCAAGUGAUUUAUCAACAUUUUUACCUCAGCUUUCAUCCACAUUCCAUCCAUCAUCUGUGCUUUUUGAUAGUUCUUCUAACUGGGGAUCAGUUGAGCUCCCCACUGUUAAUAUCACAAGCACAGAGGCUUCCCAGUCUGUUUCAUGGCAAACAUUUUUUUAUUCAGACUCAUCUUUUGUUCCAGUCACACAGAGUCCUCCCAUAGUGCCAUCAAGUUUCUGUAUGAACUCCUCUGUGUUACUGGAACCAACAUCAGUCUUACUAAUGGAAUCAGAAAAUUAUUUUACCUCAGAAGCUACCUCCCAAUUCAAGUUAACACCCUUAGCCAUUGAUGAGACCAUUCCUACACUGGUGCUGUCCAGCUCUGUCUCAGAACCUGUUUUCACCAGCAAUAUCUCGGAGAAUGAAACACACAGGACCUCAUGGUUCACCUCUUUGCAGACAACCCCGGUAUUGACAUCUUCACUCCUUUUCUCUACUGUUAUAACUGAGGAUGCUGGUGCUACAACUAACAAUUGGGUUUCUUCUGCCUCUGAGGCGGCUGCUACCACAACAAUUUUUAUUACAAACCCAAAUAUGCCACCAUUGGCCACAGAUGCAAGCAGCAUUACUCCUUCCCCUACUGAAUCUUCAGGCAUGGUGUUGUCAUCUGUGUCUAAAGAGAUUCCUUCAUCUGUGAUUAUGACAACAGAGUCAGUCAUUCCAACAAGAACUAGUGUGAUUGAGUUUACCAGCAUGACAGUCUUUACUGCCACAACUCCUAGUAGCACAAAAGGUCUUUCUACAAUUACCAGCAGUACUCUGCGUUCUUCUGCAUCAUCUUCAACUUCUGCGUUGGUCACUACUCCUCAAGUUACAAUGGCAACCACAACCAGGCAACCCUAUGUUUGUGAUAUCACAGUUCCUGAUAAAUACUUAGUCACAGCAGUGCUGGCCCGGAGAUCUGUCCUAGAAGACAUCAGUGAAUCCAUCAAAGAGAUCCUGAGAAUUGAGUUCAGGAGAUUUGUAGAACUGGAGGUUUAUAGACUUUCUCCGAAAUUCUCUUUUUUGGUGACCUCAGGCCCAUUUGUGUACACCGCAAUUGCUGUUAUCAACGCUCUUAUGAACAGUAACCUUCUUCGUGGUCAGAUACCUCUAAUCUCAUCACUGCAACCGUCUUUCACUAUCCCAGGUUGCAAAUUCCAGGUACAGACUGUGCUUCAGUUUGUGCCUCAAAACAUUGACAUCCGAGUCUGUAACUUCAGCCAGCGUAUUGAAAAAGGGCUGACUAUUGCAUUCGGGGAAGUGAGGAAACAUCAUCUGGACACAUCUGACUUCUCUGUGCAGAUAUUGAAUAUAACCCUGGGAAGGUCUAGAUCAGUCUAUCGUCAAGGACCUGUUCAUAUUGUAUUUUCUGUUUGGGAAAAACAUGGGUUCUUAAAUGGAUCUGAAGUCAGUGAGUUGCUAAGGAACCUGUCUGUGGUGGAGUUCAGUUUCUACUUGGGCUUUCCUGUGCAGCAGAUUGCAGAACCUGUUUAUUACCCUCAGCUGAACACAUCUCACUUGAUGAAAUCUUCCUGGGUGCGAACAGUGAUUCUGGGUGUUGUAAACAAGAAAAUUCAAGAGGACGUAUUCCAGGCUGACAUGGAGCGGAAACUAGCCCAGUUAUUAAAUGAGGCCUUGGGCAGAGGACGGAUAUGGAGAAGGGCAACUUUUGCCGGGAACAAUGCUGUGCAGAUUGUGAAUAUUUCCCAAAUAGAGGACAUUGACAACCCAGUCAUGCUGGUUUAUUUCGUGGAGGAUCAGGAUGGUGAAAGACUCAGUGCUGUGAAGACAUCUGAUCUGAUUAAUAGAGUGGAUAUCCAAAGAGCUGCUAUCAUCCUAGGAUAUCGCAUCCGAGGCCCGGUGGCACAGCCUGUGGAAAGGAUUAAAGAAUCACCUCCAGAAUCUCAAAACAAUCUAUGGAUUAUUGUUGGUGUUGCAGUCCCUGUGGCCGUGGUACUCCUUAUCAUCAUCAUUUUAUACUGGAAGCUCUGCCGUAGUGACAAGUUGGAGUUUCAGCCAGACACCAUGAACAACAUUCAGCAACGUCAGAAGUUGCAAGCCCCCAGUGUGAAGGGCUUUGAUUUUGCAAAGCAGCACUUAGGCCAGCACAACAAAGAUGACAUCUUGAUCAUACACGAGCCGACUCCUCUGCCGGGACCAAUUAAGGACACCACCCCUUCUGAAAACGGUGACCUGCCAACCCCCAAGACCAAGAUCUCUUCAAAGCCAUCCAAGAAUGUCCGACACAGAGGGAGAGUUUCCCCCUCUGAUGCUGACUCCACAGCAAGUGAACAGUCUAGUGGACGUGAAACAGGAGAAGAAAGUACCAGGCCACAGACUGCUGUCAAUGAGGCUAAACCUCACAGAGUCGGCAAGACAGGAGUAAACAGAAUUGGCCCUCCUCAGAUGGGUAAUGGAACAGAGCAGCACUCCUCAGCCUCCAUCUUUGAGCAUGUGGACAGAAUGUCACGGUCCUCAGAAGUCAGCAGGAGGAUCCCCAACAAGAUCCAGUUGAUUGCCAUGCAGCCCAUAGCAGCACCUCCCGUUCAGAACCAACCACUUUCCGACAGAGUAGCAGAGACCAACAAAAUUAACAAAGAGAUCCAAACAGCCCUGAGGCAUAAAUCGGAAAUAGAGCAUCACCGCAACAAGAUCCGACUUCGAGCCAAGCGCAAAGGACACUACGAGUUUCCCAUUGUGGACGACAUGAUUAUCAUUGACACCAAAGAGCAGCAGAGAAUGUAUCGCAAGGCACAGAUGCAGAUAGACAAGAUCUUGGACCCUGGGGGCAAUAUGCCGACUGUCUUCAUAGAGCCCAGGAAGAGUUCACGGGCUAAACGUUCCCCAAGGCAACGCCGGAGACAUCAACUGAAUGGAAGCCCAAUGGAUGCAGACAAGGACAGGUUGAUCACAACUGACAGUGAUGGGACCUACAAGAGGCCUCCAGGAGUUAACAACUCUGCAUACAUUUCUGAUCCUGAUCUUCCUGCUGAGCCCCAAACACCUUCAUCGACUGAGCUGGGGAAGUAUUCAGGCCUUCCCCCACAUCCUUCUCAGUACACACCUCCUCAGCCCUCCAUUGAAGAGGCCAGGCAGACAAUGCAUUCUCUCUUGGAUGAUGCCUUUGCCUUGGUGGCCCCCAGUAGUCAACCCACCAACUCCUCUGCCAUCACACACUCCGGAAGUUCAGGGGGACAGCCAGCAAACAACACCCCUAUUCGAGCUCCAAGAGAGACCUCCAGCAGCCAGUGGGGGUCUCCGUACGGCCCGACUCACACGAGAUACAUGGAAUUUGGGAUGACUCCUCCGACAGCACCAGGCCUGCUACAAAGGCAAAACGUUGGCUCGGGUUUCCUCCCACCUGUUGAAUUAAUGCAUCCAGAUCAGCAGCCCUCUGACGUUCAGUAUUCCAGCAGAGGGAUCUACUCGGAGGAAAUGCCCUCAGUGGCGCGGCCACGGCCAGUUGGAAGCACUGCAGGUUCUCAGAUACAGCACCUCACUCAGGUGGGAAUUGCUAGCAGGAUCGGAGGUCAACAAGUGGAGAUCCCCUCAGGCCCUCGCAUGGCCAAACCCUGGGUAGCCCCAUAUAAUAUGUUGAAUAUGCUAGGAGAGAUGCAACGCAUACGCCUGGACAUCAAGAAUAUUCCUCCUCACCAGUAUUCCAGAUGCCGAGGACUUCGGCCCGGCAGCCCUCAGCGCCACCUGUUCAGCUUCCACCCGGCAACCCCCCAGGCCUGGGACUCUGCUACAGCACCAGCUCCACUGAGGACCUGCAGCCGGGUCACUCUUCGGCCUCUCUCAUCAAAGCCAUCCGAGAGGAGCUUCUCCGGCUUUCUCAGAAACAGACAGUGGUGCAGAAUUUCCACAGCUGAUUCUCCGUGUCCUUGCAAAUCUGCCAGGUAUCCGCUUCCUGUGGAAGCAAGACUCGUAAAGAAAAUCAGCAAGGACAGAAUACUGAGCCUGGGAAGAAGAACUUGGCAGCAGCAAGAAAGGAACACGAAGGAGACCUGGGAAAGUGUCGCAAGAAUUAUUGGCCCGCAGCUCUUUUUAACUUUUUAACAUCUUAGCCAUUAUAAGCCUGCUUUGGCUGGGAUGGUUCCGUUCAGUGAAAAUUCCCGUCCAAAACCUGAACACUGCCGAGGUGGCAAUUUGUCCCUUCAGAUGACAAUCUGCUCCAACGUGAGCUUCCUAGUUUGGGGGAGAAGAGCAGUGUUUGCAGUGUGGAAUGGCUUGUUAGUGCCUGACAUUCCUAGGAAGGUGGGUUCUGGGUGCUGCUGACAUGUUCUGUUUUGUUUUCUAAACACACAAGCAUCACUAUUGAUCCUGUGCAAGAAUUUGCUUAAUGAAACCCUUUUUAAGACUCCACAGAUGCUGGACUCGGAGCAACUCAUUAGCAGGCCCGGACAAUAAUCAAUUGUUGUUAGUAUAGCUCUGUGCUUCCAAAAAGGAGCCAUUUGUUGCCCUCUUCCUCGUUAUUCUUCUGGUGCUGAAGCUUCAUCGUGUCCCUUCAUCCUGUUGUUUGCAAAGUGGAAAUGAUGGCCUUUUAAAAAACAUAAAACCAAGGAUACGAUCAUUAGAUUCAUUCGGGAUGGACCAAUCAGGUCUCUUUUUUUAAAUGAAAAAAAGAAGAAAACCACGAUUUUUUUUUUUUUGCUUUUAACUUAUUUGUGGAUUAGAUGGAUGGGAGUAUUCAGGGCAAUACUACCAGUGACGUAGAAUACAUUGUUAUAUUUUGUACAUGAUGAUACGAAGUCAUUUUCGUUAAUUUGCAGAGCUGAUGGAAGCAGUGUGUAGAGUUGUGAUGGAAACACGUUAAGCAAGUUCAGGGUUUUGUGGGCCACUGGCCAAAACAGCAUCAGUGGAGCCCCCAACUUUGCCUUUCUGUGCCCCCUUCCCUCCCUGCAGUAGGCACCUCUGACUUUUAAAGCAUAUGGCAAUAAGAAAAGGGAAGGGACCAACCAGCACUUUGCCAGUUUGAGUGAGCCCCUCUUGCCUCUCAAAGCCUAUGGUCAAGGCAAAAUGGCCUCUAUAGUAAAUACAAUGGUGACUAUAUUUCACUGAAGCAUUUUCAUACUUCUGAUACCCUAUUUAAACAAAUCAAAUUUGUAUACAAAACCCACCAUCUGUUAGAUCAGAGGGGCCACAUAUCUCAGGGGGCCCAUUCAUGAAGGCAUUUGUUCUCAAGUGAGUAAAAUAGAUACCAAGCACUGUGUCAAACACAAGUUCCCCAUUGCAUUAUCAGUCAAAUCUAAAAACGAGCAUUUAGCCCAUGAAAUAGCAGCUUUGUUUGUUAAAAUAGAGAAGAAGAGGCAGAAUUUGGAUUUAUAACCCACCUUUCCCUCCUGUAAGGAGACUCAAGAUGGCUUACAAAUUCUUUUCCCUUCCUUUCCCCACAACAGACACCUUGUGAGGUAGGUGGAGCUGAGAGAGUUCUGAAGAAC